AAAAAAAAAGGUUCAAUCUCACGUCCGAGCACAACAUGUCGCAGAAGAUCACGGCCAAAAACCUGCAGUACAACGCGAACCUUCCGCCCUUCCUAGCCCGUUUGCGCGGCCAACACGCAUCCGAGACAGACCGCGACGGACCGGACCCGAUCCUCGCCGCCAGGCGCCGGCCCGCCAAACCGCGUUCCAAGAGCGCCGAGGCCGAGGACGCGCCGCUCGUGGUGGACGAGCACGGCAAUUCCAUUGACGACGUGGCGGUCGGCGCCGACGGGAGCGUGCGGGAGAAGCGUUCCGAGACGGCGGACGACCAACAACAACAACAACAACAACAAAAACAACAAGAAGAGCAGCAACGGGACCAAGCGGCUGACGCAGACACCGCGGCGUCGGGGGAGAAACUAGCGAGCGUCGGAGACCAGCGCAAGAAGCGCAAAUUUGGCAGAGUAAUUGGCGCCGGCGCCAGCGAGGAAGACGAGGGAGAAGAGAAGGGCGGUGAAUGGCGGAGCGAGAUGGACCCAAGGAUAGGGAAGACGGGGCGGGAUAGCGGCGCCAGCGGAACAGAACCGGACGCCAAACAGAAGGACGGGUCGGCCGCUACGGUAAAAGCCAAGGCCAAGAAGAAGGCAAAGAAGAUCAAGCUCAGCUUUGGCGACGACGAGGGCUGAGCAGAGCUAAUCGGAGGCUGGUAUUCGAAUUGCUUAAUCUCAUACGAA